GUCGAUUCUGAUAGAGCAUAUAUAGAGCUUACAUAGAGCAUAGAGAGUAGAUAUACACCCCCCGUCGCUCAUUCCCACGCCGUGUACCGCCACACCCAAAACAGCACCGUCGUACGAUCACAUCAACAUCCUCCGCCCACCGCGUACCCUGCUUCACCCGACCACUCUUGGCCCGGGAAAUCCCUCCAUCCGUCUUUCCUUUCCUACAAAUACCUCCCCCCUCCCUUUUUUGCCACUCUACCACAUCCACGAACGCCUCCGAGCUAUACACCUCGUCGUCCCACCCUCGGCCGAACGCGAUCCCCUCCGCACCUACCGUCGACAUCAACAACCACCAGGUGGUACGAUCUUCCAUCGCUACUUCUGUGCUGUACUCGGGAUCUAAUUAAAGCUAUCCCUCAACCCUGAUCACCAUGGACGUCGUCCUCCAUUACGCCGACGAGUUCGCGCUCGACCACGUCUACAACUACCUCCUCCCGCACCCCCCCAUCCCCACAUCCGAAACGCUCGGUCUGCUCAACACCACCUCCUCCCCCUCCUCCCCCUACACCUCCUUCUCCACCCCGCCCCUCACCGGCUCCCUCCUCCCGCGCGACAGCCUCCUCCGGCAAUACAUCUCCCUCCUCGCCAUCGCCGUCCUCGGCGCCUACGCCCUCUACUUCUCAUUCUGCUCUCUCUCCUACUUUUUCGUUUACGACCGCCGCCUCGAGCACCACCCCAAGUUCCUCAAGAACCAGAUCCGCAAAGAGAUCAAGUCGUCCCUCAUCGCCGCGCCCUAUAUCGGCAUCAUCACCGUGCCGUGGUUCAUGGGCGAGAUCCACGGGUAUUCAAAGAUGUAUGAGAAUGUGGGCGAUUAUGGGUGGACGUAUUUGGUGGGGAGCAUGGUUUGGUUUUUGCUGUUUACGGACUUUUGUAUUUACUGGGUGCACCGGUUGGAACAUCAUCCGAGGAUAUACAAGUACAUCCACAAACCCCACCACAAAUGGGUCGUCCCCACCCCCUACGCCGCCUUAGCCUUCCACCCCCUCGACGGCUACGCCCAAUCCCUCCCCUACCACAUCUUCCCCUACCUCUUCCCCUUACACCGCUACGCCUACCUCGGCCUCUUUGUCUUUGUCCAGUUCUGGACGAUCCUGAUCCAUGAUGGGGAUAUGAUCUCGGGGCACGUGUUGGAGAGAUGGAUCAAUGGGCCGGCGCAUCAUACGCUGCAUCAUUUGUAUUUCAGUGUCAACUAUGGGCAGUACUUCACCUGGGCAGACGUGCAAUUCGAUUCUUUCCGCGAACCCCGUCCCGAGCUGGAUCCGAUCCACGAAAGCUUGCGGAUGAUGCGCAAAAAGGGUCUGAUCGAUGAGAAUGACAAGCCGAUACCUCAAAUCCAAAACAAGAAGAACGAGUAAGAGGCACGAAAGCGUUGCUUGCUUGGUUCUGUUUUUGUGGUUUGUGUUUGCUCUUUUGGGGUUUUGCGUUGGACGAGGGGGUGAGAGGAGGGAUGAGAGGAGGGAGAGCAGUUAAUGUGUACUUUGUAUAAUGACCCCCCUUGUCCUUCUUCACUCUCUUACGAAAAAAGAACCAUAUUCAUCUGGACAAAAGGCUCUCGUCGAGAGGGGGAGAGGGGAGAGCUGGGGAAAAGGCAUUCAGGGAUGAUAGAAAUCCCAAUACAACACGACUUAUAUACCCAUAGCCUUGUUCAGACAAUACAAUGCCUGUCAUAGAAACCUAUAUGUAAAGAUGGAUCUGA